UCUCUCCAGUUAGUUCACUUUGUCCCGUGUUGUGACACAGAUGUUUCUCCAUGUUCAGCUUUUGAUGAGAGGCUGAGUUCAGCAGCAUGGAUCAGUGUGAGGACAGAGAAACCACUCUGUGUGGGGAACAGGACAGCCAGACCAAAGCUCAGAGCCCAGAGCAGCAGCUCACACCUGACUCUGCUGGACCUGAACCUGAACCCAGCUGUGUGUCCAUGAAGAGUGACCAGUCUAAGGAUUGGCCUGUGGCCUUCAGAGAUGGACGUCACUCUGGUGAUCCAAGGAGAAAGCUGGAAGAACCAGAACCCAGCUGUGUGUCCAUGAAGAGUGACCAGUCUAAGGAUUGGCCUGUGGCCUUCAGAGAUGGACGUCACUCUGUUGAUCAAAGAUUGGACCAGGAUAGCUCAGAGGUUCACAGUGGUCAGUCUGCCCAGCAGCAUCAAACACACCUGGACUCCAUAUUUAUGCUGCUGGAGGAGGACAUUGUCACUUUUGUGAAGAACGACCUGAAAAAGAUCCAGAAGCUUCUGAUUCCAGAUUACCCAGAAUGCUCAGAGAGUCAGAGGGGGGGUGAGGAGGUGUUGGACAGUGAGGAUGAAGAUCAGAGGAGGAGCAUCAGAGAGGCAUUUCUAAAGAUCACACUGCACUUCCUGAGGAGAAUGAAGCAGGAGGAGCUGGCUGACUGUCUGCAGAGCAGAAGUCUUGCUGCAGGUGGUAAGCGUAAACUCAAAUGUAACCUAAACAAGAAGUUCCAGUAUGUGUUUGAGGGGAUUGCUAAAGCAGGAAACCCAACCCUUCUGAAUCAGAUGUUCACAGAGAUCUAUAUCACAGAGGGAGGGACUGCAGAGGUCAAUGAUGAACAUGAGGUCAGACAGAUUGAAACUGCAUCCAGGAAACCAGACAGACCAGAAUCAAGAAUCAGACAAGAAGACAUCUUUAAAACCCCACCUGGAAGAGAUGAACCAAUCAGAACAGUGAUGACAAAGGGAGUGGCUGGCAUCGGGAAAACAGUCUUAACACAGAAGUUCACUCUGGACUGGGCUGAAGACAAAGCCAACCAGGACAUCCAGUUCACAUUUCCAUUCACCUUCAGAGAGCUGAAUGUGCUGAAAGAGAAAAAGUACAGCUUGGUGGAACUUGUUGAUUAUUUUUUUAGUGAAACCAAAGAAGCAGGAAUCUGCAGGUUUGAACAGGUCGUGUUCAUCUUUGACGGUCUGGAUGAGUGUCGACUUCCUCUGGACUUCCACAACUCUGAGAUCCUGUCUGAUGUUACAGAAUCCACCUCAGUGAGUGUGCUGCUGACCAACCUCAUCAGGGGGAAACUGCUUCCCUCUGCUCGCCUCUGGAUAACCACACGACCUGCAGCAGCCAGUCAGAUCCCUCCUGAGUGUGUUGACAUGGUGACAGAGGUCAGAGGGUUCACUGAUCCACAGAAGGAGGAGUACUUCAGGAAGAGAUUCAGAGAUGAGGAGCAGGCCAGCAGAAUCAUCUCCCACAUCAAGACAUCACGAAGCCUCCACAUCAUGUGUCACAUCCCAGUCUUCUGCUGGAUCACUGCUACAGUUCUGGAGGACGUGUUGAAGACCAGGGAGGGAGGCGAGCUGCCCAAGACCCUGACUGAGAUGUACAUUUACUUCCUGGUGGUUCAGUCCAAAGUGAAGAACAUCAAGUAUGAUGGAGGAGCUGAGACAGAUCCACACUGGAGUCCAGAGAGCAGGAAGAUGAUGGAGUCUCUGGGAAAACUGGCUUUUGAGCAGCUGCAGAAAGGCAACCUGAUCUUCUAUGAAUCAGACCUGACAGAGUGUGGCAUCAAUAUCAGAGCAGCCUCAGUGUACUCAGGAGUGUUCACACAGAUCUUUAAAGAGGAGAGAGGACUGUACCAGGACAAGGUGUUCUGCUUCGUCCAUCUGAGUGUUCAGGAGUUUCUGGCUGCUCUUCAUGUCCAUCUGACAUUCAUCAACUCAGAAGUCAACCUACUGUCAGAAGAACAAACAAUAUCAACACAGUUCUACCAGAGUGCUGUGGACAAGGCCUUACAGAGUCCAAAUGGACACCUGGACUUGUUCCUCCGCUUCCUCCUGGGUCUUUCACUGCAGUCCAAUCAGACUCUUUUACGAGGUCUGCUGACACAGACAGGAUGUGUCUCACUGACCAAUCAGAAUACAGUUGAGUACAUCAAGAAGAAGAUCAGUGAGAAUCUGUCUGCAGAGAGAAGCAUCAAUCUGUUCCACUGUCUGAAUGAACUGAAUGAUCGUUCUCUAGUGGAACAGAUCCAACAGUCCCUGAGUUCAGGAAGUCUCUCCAUAGAUAAACUGUCUCCUGCUCAGUGGUCAGCUCUGGUCUUCAUCUUACUGUCAUCAGAAAAAGAUCUGGACGUGUUUGACCUGAAGAAAUACUCUGCUUCAGAGGAGGCUCUUCUGAGGCUGCUGCCAGUGGUCAAAGCCUCCAACAAAGCUCUACUGAGCGGCUGUAACCUGUCAGAGAGAAGCUGUGAAGCUCUGUCCUCAGUUCUCAGCUCCCAGUCCUCUAGUCUGAGAGAGCUGGACCUGAGUAACAACGACCUGCAGGAUUCAGGAGUGAAGCUGGUGUCUGCUGGACUGAAGAGUCCACACUGCAGACUGGAAACUCUCAAUUUGUCAUUCUGUCUGGUCUCAGAGGAAGGCUCUACUUCUCUGGCCUCAGCUCUGAGCUCCAACCCCUCCCAUCUGAGAGUGCUGGACAUGAGCUACAAUCAUCCAGGAGACUCAGGAGUGAAGCUGCUGUCAGCUGGACUUAAGGAUCCCAACUGGAGACUGGACACUCUCAGGAUGGACCAUGGUGGGCAACAGAGACUGAGACCUGGUGUGAGGAAGUAUGUCUGUGAACUGGAACUGGACACAAACACAGUAAACAGAUACCUCAAACUGUCUGACAACAACAAGAAUGUGACAUAUAUUGAAGAGGAUCAGUCAUAUCCUGAUCAUCCAGACAGAUUUGACACCUGGUCUCAGCUGCUGUGUAGAGAUGGGCUGACUGGUCGCUGUUACUGGGAGGUCAAAAGGAAAGGAUUGGUUCAUAUAUCAGUGAGUUACAGAGGAAUCAGAAGGAGAGGAGUCAGUGUUGACUGUGGGUUUGGAUGGAAUGAUCAGUCCUGGACUCUGAGGUGCUCUGAUCGUGGUUACUCUGUCUGGCACAAUAACAGAGUAACAGUCCUCACUUCUUCCUCUGUCUCUAACAGAGUAGCAGUGUAUGUGGAUUGUCCUGCUGGCACUCUGUCCUUCUACACAGUAUCCUCUGACUCACUGAUCCACCUCCACACCUUCAACACCACAUUCACUCAACCUCUUUAUCCUGGGUUUAUGGUCUGGCCUGGUUCCUCAGUGUCUCUGUGUCCUCUGCAGGACUGAUAGUCUCUCCUGUGAACAGAAACACUGACUGAAGAUCAGCUGCUGAAAUCAAAGUUCAGUCUGUUCACCAUCACACACACUCUGCACUGUGAAGCAGAUCUCUCUCAGACUCAAAUAAAAACAUUCACUUGUCUGAGUUCAUCUCUGAUGAUCAACAUUUUAACAGUUUAACUAGAAACACUUUAUGGUUUCUGACAUCAGCUGACUGAGCUGAGUAAAUGUAACGUUUGGCCAAUUCCAACGUCUUUGACGUAUCUGUGACACAGACCAAGAGUUUGUCAGACCGAUAGAGCUGGCUCUGACAGUGCUGGCUCUGUUGUUGGCAUUGAGCUGGAGUCGCUCACAGCCACUGCAGAGAAAUGGACCAUGAGAGGAUGCUGGCGAUCAUGGACAAUGACCGCCACCCACUACACAGCACAUUCAUCAAACAGAGGAGCAUGUUCAGUGGCAGACGGUCCUUUGUUCCCAGGGCCAUCCAACUCUUCAGUACCACACAAAGGAGGAGGGGAGAAAUGGACUUUUCAGCAUGAGCCUGUCUCUCUCAGCACCUACCAUUACAUCACUUUGUCUGCUGUACAACUGUCUUAUAGGCUAUAUUUGCCCUCCUACACAAUCUGAACUGUGGUCAUAACAUCUACAUCUUAUAACUUGUUCCCUGUUAUAUAUUGUUCUUAUUCUUAUUCAAUCAGUCAGUUAAUAUAUUAUUAUGUUAAUAUUUCAUAGUCAUAGUAUUUAAUAAUAAUCUACUGCACUGUUCAAUCCCUGCACUGUUUACUUUUGCACUAUCACCAUUGCACACAGUCUACCAUAGCACCUUAUCUUGGCCAUUGCAUUUCUGUGAGUGAUGUUUAUUUUUAUUCUUAUGAUAUAUGUGUGUAUAUGUGUUUGUUGUGUUAUGGUUGUCUAAGCUGCUGUAUGCCUAAAAUUUCCUUUGGGAUGAUAAAGUAUCUAUCUAUCUAUCUAUCUAUCUAUCUAUCUAUCUAUCUAUCUAUCUAUCUAUCUAUCUAUCUAUCUAUCUAUCUAUCUAUCAAACAACAACCGGGAUGCUUACAAAAAGGCUCAGGUUACCUCGAUAUCUAAGCUCUUUAAAAGAUGCUUAUAAAUGUGGCCUUUGUGGAGUAAGGGAGUGCAAGCAGUUCAGUGACGUCAAAACGUAUUAAAACAUUUAUUACCUGUAACAUUA